AUGAAUAGCUCAUACCAAGGAGGUGUCGUAGAUGAAGAAACAGAUACUUUUCAGACUUUAUCUCAAACAAUAGGAAGUAACAUAAAGAAGAUAUCCCAUAAUGUAUCUUCAAUGUCCAAGAUGGUUAACCAGCUACAAACGCCUCAGGAUUCUCAGGAAUUGCGGAAACAGCUGAGGCAGAUUCAAAACUACACCCAGAAGCUUGCGAAGGAUACUUCCACUAUGUUAAUGGAGUUAAUGAAAAUGCCUACUGAUCAUCCUGCUCAGAAGCUAACGAGAGACAGGCUUAGCGAUGAAUAUUUGGCGACUCUGAAUGCCUUCCAGGCAACUCAGAGGACUGCAGCGCAGAAGUCAAAAGAGGAUGUUCGAAAAGUAAAAGCCCAGAAUAUAAACAUAGGAGAUCCGUUUGCAAUGGGUGGCAACAAAGAGCUGGUCAAAAUGGGCGAAACUAAUACUAGGAAACAGGAACAAAUGACGAUGCAGAAGGAGAGGGAGCUUCAAGAAUUGGAACAACGUGAGAGAGACAUUAGGCAACUGGAGAAUGACAUCAUGGAUGUGAACCAGAUUUUCAAGAAUUUGGGAACGGUGAUUCACGACCAGGGCGCUAUAGUUGAUUCCAUAGAAUCCAGUGUUGAGUACACUUCGCAGAAUGUUGAGAGUGCUGUCCAAGAAAUACAACAGGCUGGGAACUAUAAGAACAAGCUGCGCAAGAAGAAAGUAUACUUGACGCUGAUCCUUAUCGUAAUUAUAUCUAUCAUAUUGAUUAUCAUUUUCCACAACUAA